AUGUCUGGAAGACUUGUUUUGAAAGAGCUUAAGGCUGGUUUAAAUUUGAACAAUAACAAAUACCCAGUCACAGCGAAAACUCGCCCGGUCUGUGCGAAAAAUGAUUUUGAUUCUGCCCUUAAUGCCUCUCCAACGGUCACAACAAUUGGCGAACAAAACACUUUUUUCGCCAAGCCCAACAAGCAGCUCGCAAGACAUAUAACAAAGCGUGGUGCAUCUUUGGAAGCUCGAUCCAAGCUUCGAGGCACCAUAAGUAUCGCACAGGUUUACCAGAACACUUUUCGAGUCUUCUCAGCGCAAAGUAAAGUCUACCAUUGCGAUUUUUUUCGGCUUCUGUAUUUUCCUCCAGACCAUUUUCUAUCGGUAUUUCGAAAGAGUAAACCCGCCAUCAAUGUGCGCAUCGUGGGCGAGGUUUUUUUAAAUGGGAACGUUUCUCGCAGCGAAAAUGGACGCAGUGUGUCCAACACUACUGUUUUCGAGCAAGGAUCGCGGAUCGACAAGUAUGGCAAAAGUAUCGACGUUAGUAACCUAAAGAGACUGCAAUCGAUUUUCUCGCUCGAUGGCUCUAACGUACCCCGAAACUACGCAUAUCUGAGACGUUCGCUGCGAGCUUUUUUGCACGGUUGCUUCGUUGAAAACUGGACCAAGUUGCAAGGAUCUCAAGCGGUCGAAGAACAAACAAUGUAUGAAGCUCAAAAUCCCGAGACAAAUGCCAGCACGAAAUGGAAAUUUUUGCAAGACGAUGGCCGCACGAAAUGUGGCAUUGCCAAAGACGGGUUUUAUUUGUAUCAGGUGCUGGUGUUUCCCGACAAAUUCACGAAGCACGAGUUCGAAGCCAACGUUGCACAGAGCGUGCGCACCGUGGCAGAUUUGGACUGGACAGAGUUUCUGCAUGGGCAGUCCAAGAAUAAGAAAUCAUGGGUCGAGCAGGCCAACGAUAGAGUCCGUGUGCCCGUUGUGAAUUCUUAUCUAGCACACGAACAGAUUCCCAGAGUUCUCAAAAAGAUCAAGUAA